CAGUCCCCAAACAUCACGUGAUCUAGUAGUAAGGAAAUGGCUGAUAGAUACACAGUGUAUAGUGUUAAUACUGAGUAAAUAAACUCGUCGGUGUAUAGUUCUAUGUCUACUUUAGCCGUCUAUCAGACAUCAGAGAGACAGGACCUAAAGCAAUGUCGGUAGAUUUGUCGCUGGAGUGGCAGCAGUCGAGGCAAUGGCUCAUCAACAGUGGAGUCAUACCAGUGACACACAAUGUGACAAAACCUGGUGUGGAUUUGGUGGAUUUUGUGCGUUCACUGAGAGAUGGGGUGUUUCUGUGUAGCCUGCUCAACAAGCUGAGGCCUGACUGUGUGUCUAAAAACGAAUUCAACCCAAAACCUCUCAUGCAGCAUUCUUAUCUGAAAAACAUCUCGACAUUUCUUCACAUCUGUGAGACCAAGUUUCGGCUGAAGGAGAGCGAUCUGUUUAUAGAGUCGGAUCUUUACGAUGUGGACAAUUUUCAAAAGGUGGUCCAGCUGCUCUCUAAGCUCUCGCACACGCCCGAGGCACUUCAGCUGGGAUGGGUACCCUUCCCUCGACAAGAGAAACCGAAUACUUACUACAAUGAAGUGGCUGCGAAUAAAGAUGAAGACGAUAUUUAUGCCUCCCUCAAAGACAUUGGAAUGGAGCGGCUGUAUGCCAAUGUGGGGGAGUACCCUCCACCAGUUGAAGAAGAGGAGGACCCGUAUAGUUACGGUGAUGACACUAUCUACGACUCCAUCUGUUACUACCAGUCCCCGCCUGUGAAGACAAGUGACGCAGACGAGAAGAAAGGCUACGUGAUGAAGGAACUGUUUGAGACAGAAAGGAGCUUCCUCACCGUGUUGCAUCUCAUCAGUCAAGAAUUCUUCAAUGCACUCUGUGAACUUAUCAAUGCCGAGGACGUGCAACUCAUCUUCUCAACUGCCAAGGAGCUCUACCCAAUCCACACUGCUCUCCUGGAGGGAUUUGAGAAGAGUCUGGAGCCAGGAGGGGACAUCUCCAAGUGCUUCCUUGAUGCUCAGCAAGGGCUACUACAAUAUGGUAUCUAUGCAGCUAGACUACCCAAAGCUGUGGAGAGGGCAAAGCAGCUGGCUACUCGGCGUGAGACAGGACAAGUAUUGCAAGCGUGUCAAGAUCGCUCUAGACAACGGUUUCCCCUCAAAGACCUCCUAAAUGUGCCAAUUCAGCGGUUUCUCAAGUACCCACUGCUCAUAAAGGAGUUGCACAAAUGUGCUGGACGGACCAGUCUACCCAAUCAGAGUGAGAUCUCCAGCUUAGAGCGUGUUCAGGAGUUACUGGAGGACAUAGCUCGUUACAUCAAUGCCACCAAGGGAGACUACGAGGGCAUGCGUCAGAUAGAGGAGGUGGAGCAGAGCUUAGAGCAAUAUCGGGGACCACACCUCACUACGUACGGCAACUAUCAUCUGGACGGGGAGCUACGAAUUAAGAGUGCUGACGGGGGAAACGCUCGAACUCCUCGCUGGGUGUUUCUGUUUGACAAAGUGAUGCUCAUUUGUCAUAAGAAGAAUAAACUACGACUUGGCUUUGAAGUACGUUACUCGGUCAAGCACGUCUUUCCAGUUAACUCCCUGAGGGUGGAGCCCAUCACUAACCCCUCGGGGAAAGGGGGCAAUUUUUCACAGGGGUUCAAACUCAUUGUGAAAGGUCAUGGCGAUUUUCUGGCCUUUGCCAAGACGGAGGAGCUCAAGUCACAGUGGAUAGACGCCAUUAAUCAUGCACGUGAGAUGAGCUCACCAAGAGAUGGGAAGAAAGGUCAUCAUCAGUUUGAGUUGUUGACCUUUGAGAAGCCACGUUACUGUGAUGGCUGUCAGAAACUACUCCACGGCUGCUACUUCCAGGGCUACUUCUGUAAAGAAUGUUCAAGAGCCUCUCACAGAGAAUGUCUCUGCAACGUACUAAGCUGCUCUACCCCACUCCAGCCGGGUCCACCCCCUGGUCAUCGUCGCCUAGCACCGUCACGCUCGGGACCUAAACUGGAGCGCCCCACACGACCCACACCACGAGAUAGAACAUUGCACACUAAUGGUGUGGAGAGCAAGCGAGGUCAGAUCUAUGUUGCCAAGCAACGGUACGAUGCCAUUGGUGGCCGUGCCAACCGAGUCUUGUCAUUUGACCGUGCAGAGGAACUGGAGGUCCUCAAUGCAUCCACUGGAGGGGACUGGUGGGAGGCCAUCUCCCUCAAGACUGGCAACAGAGGAGAGGUCCCGGCCAGCUACCUCCUGCCCAAGGGGAUGGUUGAUGCUGAUGGCCUCGAGCUAGGAGCCUCCGCAGUGAGCAUGUCACGCGAGAGUGAGUCCAUGACCCAUUACCCGUGGUACAUCGGGAAGAAGUCUCGGAUAGAGGCGGAGCAAGCGCUCCACAAAAUGAAGGAUGGUGUGUUUGUGAUACGAGAGAGUGAUGUGAGGGACAGAGAGUAUGCCAUUGCACUCAAGUGGAACAGAAUGCCCAAGCACAUUAAAAUCCUCAAGCAUCCAUUGUCAAGAAAGUACUUUGUCGCUGAUGUCUGUGAAUUUGGAUCAGUUGCAGACCUAGUUAAAUUCUACAGUACCAACUCACUUGGCGCCAGUUUCCCGGGAGUGGACACGUCACUAAAGUACCCCUACAAAGAUGCGGUCCCGGACGCAAGACGAGCUCGUUCCAUAUCCAACCCACCCACCCCUCAACUCAACCCCCCGGUCAGUCCUGUAGGCGUACUACCCCCCAUCAGUGCGGCGGUGGAUCGUUUUGCUGACGUUCUCUUCAACUUUGUAGCCGAGUACCCAGAUGAACUAAGUGUAGAUAUACAUGAUCGAGUCAAGAUCUUGGAGAAGGACACCAACCUAAUGGGCUGGUGGCUAGGGGAGUGCAAUGGAAGAACUGGACUGUUCCCAUCAAAUUAUGUACGUGAAAUCGGCAGCUGAACAAAAUCAUUAGUGUGUCAGCAGUUUGCAAUCAGUGCUCGUUGGAUGUUAGCGUUUAUUUUCACUGUUUGUCUGUGUAGUGCAUUCGUUGUGCUAGAAAUAUUAUAUGUGCUUGCUAUGUGUAUACAUUACUACGACUGUGAGAUGUUUUGUUAUGAUAAUUAUUAUGAUAUUGAUUUUGUCAA